AUGUGCAACGGCCUGCCGCAGCCAGUUGACAUGCUUCAAAUUUGCGUAGUCGGCCUCGGAGCGAUUGGGACAUAUUACGCGCUCGCGCUCGAAAAAUCAGGCCGCGCGCAAGUGACCGCAGUUUGUCGCUCCAACCUCGGGACCCUCAUCGAGAACGGCGUGGAUGUCGUGUCUGACGGCCUCGGUCGCGUCGCUGCUUGGAAGCCUCACAGAGCCGUCCCCACUCCGGAAGAAGCGGCCGACAGACGAUACGACUUUGUAAUCUGCGCGUUCAAGGCCCUGCCGGAUGUCAACCCCACGCCGAAGCUCAUCGCGCCGUUGUUGCACUCGACAGACUGCUUUGUGCUCAUCCAGAAUGGGAUCGGGAUACACGCGGAUUUGCAGGCGGCCAGGCCAGACGCGGCGAUCAUCUCGUCCUGCGCGUGGAUCGACGCCACCACGGUCGGCGGGGGGCGCUCAGUCGUGCAGUCCGGUCCCGACAAGUUGACUUCUGGGCUUCAUCCCGGCCUUGUCGCCUCGUCAGAAGACGGGCAGACGGCGGAAGACGAGGGUGUCCAAUCGCUGCGGCUAUUCCACGAGCUCCUCGUCGCUGGGGGAGCAGGUAGCGAGGUGACAGAUGAUAUCAACGCUGCCCGCUGGCAGAAGAUUCUCUGGAAUGCAACCUUUUCAACUCUGUGUACUGUUUCACGGAGCCCUGUAGCCGAUCUCUUGUGUAGCCAGCUCCUCCCUGUCACGCUUCCGACCGUCAAGGGAAUCAUGGAAGAGGUCGUUUCGGUCGCCCGGAGCACCGGCGUCACUGCGUCCAAACUCCCCGAGAACAAAGUAGACCAGGUGAUCGCAGACUGCUUGGAACAGUAUAGCGAUGAACGAAGGACUUCACCGAGCCGCUUCAAACCAUCUAUGUUGGUGGACCUAGAAGCUGGCCGGCCUAUGGAAGUUGAGCCAAUCGUAGGGAGUGUUGUGAAGAUCGCAAGAAAGCACGCGGUGGCGACGCCAAGGCUAGACAUGAUAUAUGCCCAACUGAUGAUCUUGCAAAGAGCGGUGCUCCGCGCGCGCCACGUGGUCUCAUGAUCUCUCAUGAUGCUCUGGCGAUGCAUUGAUCGACCUCCACGCGGCUUUAAAGAGUUAAUUGGUCGAGGGCUAGUAACUCAGAGGCGUCAUUGUAUAUGCUUGGGCCUGUCACGCGCAAUUUUAAUGUUCGAUCUCAGAGCUCGAUAGGAUCUAUUGACCGCCUAUGAGCGUCUGCGAUCGAGGAUUAUCCUUCGUUUCAUUGAGGGAUGCGG